CAAAACACUGCAAUACGCACUAAAUAGUAACGGUAAUAAAAUGUUGCAUUUUCUAUAGAUUCUUUUAAAGUGUAUUGGAUAAGUUAUAAAAUUUGAUUUUUCCCAUGGUGUUUUUUCUUUCAUUUUCAGUAAAAGUUACAUCACAUAAAAAUAAAAAUGGCUUGCAUUCCAUUUGUUGAACAGAAUUCAGUUUUUGUUCCUGGAAAAUAAUUACAGAUUUUAUGCCUCUGGAUGAAUUUCAUCCAUUCAUCGAGGCUUUGUUGCCUCAUGUGAGAUCAUUCUCUUACACAUGGUUCAAUCUUCAGGCUGUGAAGCGAAAGUAUUUCAAAAAACAUGACAAGCGUAUGAAUAUUGAAGAGGAGAGAGUAUGUCGUGAAGAACUACAGAAUGAACGUGUGGAAAUAAAGCAGAAAUGGGCAUCCAGACUUUUGGGAAAGUUAAGAAAGGAUAUCACCCAAGAAUGUCGCGAAAGCUUUGUUUUAGGCAUUACUGGAAAAAAAACAACAGGAUGUGUUCUUAGCAACCCUGAUCAGAAAGGGAAAAUGAGGCGCAUUGAUUGUCUGAGACAAGCUGACAAAGUAUGGCGCCUGGAUUUAGUAAUGGUAAUUUUGUUCAAAGCAAUUCCAUUAGAAAGCACUGACGGAGAGCGUUUAGAGAAAUCUCAUGAGUGCCUCCACCCUGCAUUAUGUGUCAACCCAUACCACAUCAAUGUCUCCGUCCGUGAGCUGGAUCUUUAUCUGGCCAACUUCAUCCUAUCACAAGAAGCUUUAAGUGGAUUAAGAGAAGAAUUAUGUGAUCAGAAACUUGAAGAUCAAGAAAGCACAACCAUCAUCACUACUGGUGUUUUCACUUCAACAGAACUUUACAAACUUUCAAAAGGUUCUAUUCUCCAAUCUCCUAAUGGUGUUCAGCAACAACAAGAUGCACAAGUAGAAACUACUAAUGGGAAACAGAAUAUUCAACAACAUGUAAUUCGUGUUUGUUCUCCUUUUUAUUAUACCACUGAUGGGAAUCAGACUGAACUUAUUGGUAUUCCUAGAGUUGUUGGCACUAUACCUGCUGAAAAUAAUCAUGCGUCAUCGCCAAAUCAUGAAAAUCCAUCUAGUCCCCCUUGUGAGCCUCUUAAUAAAAGGGUUCGUCGAUUGUCAUCAAAUGAAGAUGAGCUUGAGAAAAGUGCUGCCGAUGGCUCUUAUUAUGUGCAUAGCCCUUCAAGUCUUAAUAAUAGUCCUGCAUCCUGGAGUGGUGAUGUAGAACACGUAAGGAAUGCUGCUGUUUUGCAAGGUGCUUUAGCAGGCCGCACUGGAGUCAUAAAAACAGAAGGUUCAAGUAGCUUUAUUCCUGUUAAUGCUGCUGCACCUUUAUCACCUGCUCCAGUAGAAGUCAUUCUCUCUACUUCGCCAAACAUCUCUCCUUCGUCACAGUCUGUGGUCUCUCCAAGGAGCAGGGAUGCUUUGAGCCAAGCAACAAAUUUAAGUCCACCCACAACCACCUUAGUUGUGCCUUUGCAAACUUCAGGCCCUUACUAUUUAGUAACACCUGGAAAAUACCAAGAAAAUGGAGAUACACUUUCAGACUUUGUAAACCUUGUUUGUCAAGAAGCUCACAAUUCUAGUACAAGUUCACAAUCUAGUACGGAAUCAGAGGUUCGUAGUCCAACAAAAAUGGCUCAUUUUUAUGCAAGUUCUAUGCUGCCUCCUCCUCCUCCAGCACCUGUUGCUAGACCUGUUGCAAUUAUUAAAGCCUCAGAUUUAAAUUCUGUGCCUACACCCCCAUCACCUCAGUCACCUAAGUCAAAUGAUGCUAUGCAAGAUGAUGAUCCACAUUGCCAUUCAAUUCAAGAUGAGGAUCCUAGAUGUCAUUCUAUGCAAGAUGAUGAUCCUAGAUGUCAUCCCAUCCAAGAUGAAGAUUCACGCUGCAAUCCACUGCAUGAUGAUGACCCCAGAUGUCAUGCCUUGCAGAAUGAUGAUGAUCCCCACUGUAGCAGCCCAGUUACUGAUGAUGUAUCAGAUCAGCCAUUAUCUCCUCCUAGCUCAUCUUCUGGACCAACGGUCAGUAAUGCAGAUACACCACCUUUGAGUAGGUCAAUUAUGAAUAGUCCGUUUACUACUCUAGUCAGAUCAGAGCACACAUUUGCACAUAUACACCCACAAGCACAGUUGUUUUCAUACCCAAAUAUUAGCCCUGUUAGUGGAUUAAGUGGAGUAAUAAGCCCAACCAGCCUAUCGAUGUUCACGUCCCCUGUGGGAACACCUCGUACCACUCCUCGAACGACACCCAUCCCUCGAUGGAGUGGACAGUUUGUUUCUUUGGAUGACAACAUUGAUUAUAAUGUUAUGGCUGGUCUCAUGCACUGUAAUACUUCAGAUUCAGAUCCACCUCAUAUUAUAGAACGUUUCUUCCCAGUGGUGCAGUCAAAUGAAGGUGUGGAUGCCAGUAGCCAAACAGGAACUGCUUCUCCAACGCCCAUGAAAACUGAACCAUCGUAAACUGGGUUUCAUAUGCACCAUAUGCAAAUAAGACUGUGGUAUCACUCCAUUUACUCAAGCAAUAUCAGUGCUUUUAAAUUUCCUUAGAUAUUAAUGUAGCAACUGUGUUUUUUAAGCUUCUAAGAACUAUGUUUGAUAGAAGGGGAAGAAAAAACUAUUCAGUAUUGCUUUUAAAGUUUGGCUGCAUCCGAGUCAAAAGAAAAAUCUAUGUGUAUAGAUAAACUAUAUUUGAAUAAUAGUUACCCAAAUUUUAUUUCAGUAUAUUUAUGUAAGGCAGUUUUCUUACCUUUAAAGCUUUUGAAAUAAAAAAUGUGUAUUCGUAAA